AUGGCCGACAAGUGGUCAGAGCUUGGCGCCAGGCCUGCGCCUAAGAGCCGAAGGUCAGCUCCCUGUGCAGAGUUAGAUUUGCUUCGUUUCGAUCUGUUCCUGUGGCCCCAGACAGUGCUAAGCAGAUAUGCAUUUGUGGCACGUGCCAAGAUCCUCCACACAGCAACGUGUCUCAGCGUCUUGCGCGAAGCCUGCAUCAUGACUCCGAUGCCAUGCAGUGGUGCUCCGACUGGCAUGGAGAUGUGGCCGCAUGGGCUGGUUCGUGAUGACGACCAGUCCUUUGGCGAGCGCAGGUGGAGCUCGCCACCUUACUGGUCUCUGGUCGAGCAGAUCAGCAAGUUGAUCAAAGAGAAGGAUCUGCUGCUGAACGAGUGCAGCGAUCUUCGCAACGACAACCAGGCUCUUCGGAUUGACAGCGAGAAGCUGCACGAAGCGCUUCGCAUCCAGGGCCAGGAGCUUGAGAGGGUCACGGAGCUGAUGCGCGAUGACAAGAUGAAGCGGCUCAGCGACGCUUCGACGACUUGCUCUGACGGAGAGCAGCCUCCCAAGGCGUUCUCGAACAGGAACGACCUCGUGGCAAGGAUGCACGGGGAGAGCCCUCCCAGGUCCAUCACGGAUUUGCCGCUGGAAGCUCUCAUGAGUCCACCGCCAUCGCCAUCAAAGCACCGCAGCGAGCUGCCUGAAAACCCUGGUGAUGCGCUGCCUGUCCAUCAGCACAGACAAGAAGAUUCACCUUCUCGCUGGCCCUGCGAAAGCAACGGCAACGACUCUCUGAAGGAGCCGCCAGACCCUGCGCCUCACCACGAGGCAUGCAGUUCGAAGGCCGAGAUGAAGGACGACGAGCAGCCUGACAUCGAGGAAAAUCUGCCUGGAGCGCUCCGGGCCGAAGGGACCGCAAGUCCCGUUGAGAUGCCAUCGCCAUCAAACCACAGCAGCGAGCUGCCUGGAAACCGUGGCGAUGCACUGCCUGUCCAUCAGACCCCCUGCGACUUUGACGGAGAGCAGCCUCCCAAGGCGUUCUAUAACAGGAACGACCUCGUGGCAUGGAUGCAUGGGGAGAGCCCUCGCAGGUCCAUCAGGAAAUUGCCGGCGGAAGCUCUCAUGAGUCCACUGUUUCCGGGAGAGGCGGAGACCCGCAAAGGGACGCUGCCCUUCCAGGAGGAGCAGGGAGAUCAGCACAGACAAGAAGACGAAAGCUGUGCGCCUUCACCUUCUCAGAGUACUUGCGACACUGACGGCAACAACUCUCCGAAGGAGCUUCCGGACCCGGAGCAGCCCAACAUCAAGGCUUUUGCCGAUCUUUUUCACCCGGCAUGCGAUUUGUUGCCUGCUCUUUUAGAGUACUUUUCUGUGCCAGAUAUCCUAGCUUGGCGUGUGACAUCCGAACAGACCCGGAGUCCCGAGGUCUUGUUACGGCAUGUGGCCGAGCUUGGCAGGUUCGACACGUCCGAUGCGGUCGUCGCAUUUUCGGAUGGGGUGGACCGCAUUCUCUCUGACUCCGAACCUUGUCCCGACGAUGUCGAAGUCAAGAAGCGCUUCGAUUGUCAGGACUGGUGCGUGAUGCUUGCGAGAACCAGCACAACCCAUUUUUCUGAAGAUUAUGUCCGCCAAACCGUCGGCAACAACCUCGCUGACUUGUUAACUCACUGCCUGGACUCUGAUGAAGGCGUGCGUGCGGCAGCGCACCAUAUCAUUCAAGAGCAUGCCUUGGGCGCCCUCGGCUUCGUGAAGGAGCUCAUCGCAGACACCGUGCUCCGUCAGAUGACAGACAUCUUGUCAACCGGCAGGGAGACACAGACGGCCUGGAGGCUCAUGGCACCGUACAUGGCCCAUCUCGAGCCGCUCCUGCGAUGGCUGACGAAGAGUCAGCGUCAGGAUUGGGCAUCUCUGCUUGUCAAUUUCUUACAUAGCCUUCAAUCAACAUCAGCUCAAACCAGAGCUACUUACCAGAAGCUGGCGGUUGAUCAUCUGAAGCUCCUGUGCUUCGCGGAUGACGAUGCCAGUCGAACCUAUGCAGAUGAAAGGCGGCAGCUCCUGGCCUUGUCGGACUCGCCGGACUUUGCAGAGGUGAAGAGCAGCAUGGCAAGUCUGUUCCGUUGCUAA